AGAAGGAGGCGGAUUUGAGCUGUGACGUUUAUUUUGUCAACGCCGAUUUUAACGCUAGCAUAACGCCGCUAGCGAUUACUUGCAGCGGUUUUGCUUUCCUUUGCGAGCACCAUGAGGUUUAUUUUCCUGGCAUGUGUUACACUUGCGUGUUCCUCCGUGGUAAUUGGGGCCCCAGCACUUUUAAAUGUGGGUGAAGGUGAACCAGUAGCAUCAAACAAUCAUCAAAAUGUCAGAGCGGAUCCCCCUGAAAAUCCCCCUGAAGAAAAGAAGGACCAGAAAGAUUCAGAUUUAAAAAUUGAGCCUAUGUCUCCGAUACAGAAAAAGACAGAGGAGAAGGUGAAUGACGAUUUAACGGCAAAAGAGCAGGAGGCUAAAGAAGGAAUGGGGGGUGUGAAAGCUUCGCCAGAGGUUGCCAAAAGCAAAAUAGCUCAGGGGAAUCCAGCGACAAAGUCAGGUGACUCAACUAAGGAUGCAAAAUCAGGAGAAGAGCCGGACAAGGAUGGCAAAUCUGAAGGAGAACCUGCAAAAGAGGCAAAACCUGAAGUGGAGCCUGCACAGAAGGCAAAAAACGGUGGAGAGCCAUUGAAGGAGGUAAAAUCAGAGGAUCCUGCAGAGAAAGAGAAAUCUGAAAGAGAGCUUUCUAAGGAAGAGAAAUCAGCAGAGCUGGCAAAAGAGGAGAAAACAGGAGAGCCUAAAAAGGAAAAAUCAGAAGAAGAGCCUGCAAAAGAGGAGAAACCAAAAGGAGAACCUGCAAAAGAGGAAAAACCAGGAGGAGAGCCAUCAAACGAGCAGAAACCUGAAGGAAUGCCUGCAAAGGAGAAAUCAGAUGGCGAGGAGGUGAAACCAGGAGAGCCUGCCAAAGAGGCAAAAGUGGAAGAACUGGACAGUGAGGCCAAAUUGGGCGGAGAGGAAGGGCCAAAUCGAAAAACGGGAGGCAACCGUCAGUAUGGGCGACCUGGUGGAAGUGACGAGGUGGAAAGCAGUCAUUUCUUUGCAUACCUUGUGUCGACAGCAGUGGUGGUCGCAGUGCUUUACAUCGCGUACCACAACAAGCGCAAGAUAAUUGCCUUUGUUUUGGAAGGAAAAAAAUCAAGAUCUUCUCGUCGACCAAAAUCCACAGAGUACCAAAAGUUGGAACAGCAUUUGUAAUCAGAUGCUGUAGCCUUGAGACUGAAAGCGCCGUGGGACGGCAUCAGAGGAAGUGAGCGUUUGAGCUGACAUGCUUUUUGGCUCGUGUGGACGUUUGUUCUGUUCUGUAGAUGGAUGCUUAUUGCAUGACUAUGCAGAGGACACUGUUGCCUUAUUGUCAGAUCGAGUCAAACGCAGUGACAGUUAAACACGCAUGCUGUUUUUGCACCUGUCUUUAUUCCACUUUAUAAUUAUGAGAGGCCACGACUCAGGAUAUAGUUCAGUAGCAGAUGAAAGCUUUGUUUCUUUUCCAUGUUAUUUUCUCGCUUUGUUUGUACAGCUAUGAUUGCACUGUGAGCCAAAUAAGCCAUUAUGACUCCUUGUAAAAGUAAAACAUUUUAUUUGUUAAGGUCUGUAGCUACCUCCAUCUAUUAAAAUGUCCAUGUUUGCGCCUCUAUUUAUUAUAGCAUUUGAUUCCCAAGAAUGAAUCCAAAAAUUAUCUAAUAGGAGUAAUUUAAAACAUUUGUGAAUAUAUAUAUAUAUAUAUAUAUAUAUAUAUUGUUCAUGCUGAAGGUGAAUUAGAAAGUUUGCCGUAUUAUCAUUUAUAGCGCAAAGAACCAGCAAGACUCCUGUGAACAUGAUAAAGCCUAACUUAAGGCAACGUUUUGUCGAAUCAGAUUUAGUAGAUGAGUUUGUGCUAUGCCUUUUUGUUCUUUUAUUUGAAUUUGGUAAUGAGAGAGGAAGCAAGGUAGCUACUGUAGUUCCUGAAAUGUUUGAAUUGGUUCCGUAGUGGAUGAUGCUUAACCACUCUAUUGUUUGCCACACAUGUAAAUGUUAAUGUGUUUCUCCAGACUAAUAAUAAUUGUGAUAUAAAUGUGUUGUGCCGCAUUGCUUUGUAAGUUUUAAAUUAAAUCCAAAUUAAAUAUAUCUAAAUUAUCACCCUGUUUACUCAGGACAGUAAAUCAGUUUUUGACCUUUUCUACUUGCUACUUGGAGUGAAAUUUAACUGAUUAAUUAUUGACAGAUGCAAUCCUUCAAAGGUGGUAGCACCUUUGGAAAAAACAUGAAUGACGGGGAAUAAUAAGUUUUUUUUUUUUUUUUUAAACUUGUGUCUGCCAAAUAAAGUGCUUCACUGUAUUGUAUUCAAUUUGACAUUGAUGUAUUGAAAGGAAUACUUUCUCAAUGGCAGUGGUCAUAAUUUAUGAAGAAAAAUUCUAAUCUGUGUGAUUACUGUUAUCUGGCCAAAAUAUUUGGAACAUCUUGCUGUCUAUGAUGAAAUAAAUGGUUUUUGAGUACUU